AUGGCUAUACCAGGCCUAUGCCAGAUAGUUAGUAGUUGUUAUGGAAAUCCAAUGUUUGUAAAGACAUUUGGAGAAGUUCUGUUCGAUAAACGAACUAAAAAGGAGUGGCAGCUUGUUCAAGAUACAAAUAUUCCAGAUCUUCCUCGCAACGAAAGUAGUAUCUCAGAAGCUUUAAGGUUAUGUUAUUAUAGGUUGCCUACCCAUUUGAAGGCGUGUCUUUUAUACUGUGCUCUUUUUUCGAAGAGUUUUGAAUUUGAAAACGAUUUUUUAACUAAACUGUGGUUGGCCGAAGAACUUAUUCAAUCUAAAGUGAACAUCAGAAUAGAAGACUCGGCGGAUUUGUGUUUUGAAGAAUUAGUAAAAAGAUCUUAUUUUCAAAUCAGUGGGCAGCAGCAAGGUACAGCUCUAAAGUACAAGCUUCAAGGGUUAGUGUAUGAGAUGUUCAAAAUUGUUGGAACUAACAAUCCUUUCAAAGCGAGAGUAGAUAGCAGAAGAAGCUUGUUACAACAGUCGAAAUAUCUGAGGUACUUGUCCCUGGAUUAUCAUAAUGGUGCAGAAGCAGUAGAUAUGAAUGAUCUUGUCGCAUUCAAAAAGUUAAGAACAAUCAUAUUAAUGCGUCAGGUUCCUUCUGCUGGUUUCUGCGAUGAUUUUUUUGAAAAGUUGGAGUUCAUUAGAGUUUUGGAUCUGAGUAGAAGUGGAAUCACUGCAUUGCCAUCAUCUAUCAAAGACUGCAAGUAUCUAAAAUAUCUUGAUGUCUCCGGGUCAGAAAUAGCAUCUAUUGAUGCUGGAAUUUGUAAUCUUAUCUGGUUAGAAACUCUGAAGAUCAAGAAUUGCAAGCAUCUAAAAGAAUUACCCGAAGAGUUCAGCAAUCUUGUUAAUAUUCGACACUUAGAAAUGGAUGAAGAAUCAUUAGUGCAUACACCGGUACAUAUUAGAAGGAUCGCAGAAUUAGUUGAUUUGAAUCAAUUGGAAGGUUCUCUUUGUAUUGAAGGUGUUGAACAUGCUUCCGAUGUUGAGGAAGAUGAGGCCCAACCGGAACGUUAUUUGGACAGAAAAGAUCAUGUGCAGAAACUGAAACUCAAUGUUAAAGAUCAAGCCGUUCCAAUAGGCACAGCGAAGUUGGGCUUUGAAUUGUCUCAUCCUUCUCCAAAGUUACCUGAGUUGAUUGUAGAAGGUUAUAUUUGGGACAGUUUAUGGGAAUGGGACUGGAGAUCUCUUGCUCUUGAAACUGUUGAUCUAAUUGGCUGCUCAAAUCUAACAUCUAUUCGUGGAUUAAGAGAACUCCCUCGCCUAAAGAGGCUCAAACUAAGUGGUUUCAAUGUGAUUUAUCUUGAUUCUUCAUUCUUUGGCCAGGAUGAUGAUGUGGGAUUCUCAUUGUUUGAUACAUUAACAUUAGAUUCGUGGAAUCAGUGGGAGACAUGGGAUGGAGUUGGUAAAUACAUGUUAAAGAUUGUGGGUCUUUGUAUUCAAAAUUGUCCUGCCUUUCACACCCUACCAGAUCUCUCUGAAUGGCAUUCUCUAAAUUUCUUGGAUUUAAAGUCAUGCAACUCUCUUCAAAACUGUCUAGGAAGCCCUCCACCUGAUAUUAACUUCCCUACUGUAGAAAAUUGUUCUGCUCUAGGAGAGAAUGCAUGGCCCCUCCAAGUGGUUCAACGGAACUGA